UCCGCGGUGGCGGGGCGCUAGUCGACGCCAGCCCAGCGACGCGGGAGCGGGACAUGCUGGAGCUGCGGCACCGCGGGGGCUGCCCCGGCCCCGGGGGAGCGGGGCCGCCGCCACCUCGCGAGGGAGAGGCGGCCGGCGGCGACCACGAAACCGAGAGCACCAGCGACAAAGAAACAGAUAUUGAUGACAGGUAUGGAGAUCUCGAUGCCAGAGGAGAUUCUGACGUUCCUGAGGUCCCACCAUCUUCAGACAGGACCCCUGAGAUUCUCAAGAAAGCCCUGUCCGGACUGUCUUCAAGAUGGAAGAACUGGUGGGUUCGUGGGAUCCUCACCCUUGCCAUGAUCUCCCUCUUUUUCCUGAUCAUCUACAUGGGCUCCUUCAUGCUGAUGCUUCUGGUUCUGGGCAUCCAAGUGAAAUGCUUCCAGGAGAUCAUCACCAUCGGGUACAGGGUCUACCACUCCUAUGACCUCCCGUGGUUUAGAACACUAAGUUGGUACUUCCUGCUGUGCGUGAACUACUUCUUCUAUGGAGAGACAGUGGCAGAUUACUUCGCCACGUUUGUGCAGAGGGAGGAACAGCUGCAGUUCCUCAUCCGCUACCACAGGUUCAUAUCCUUCGCCCUCUACCUGGCAGGUUUCUGCAUGUUUGUCCUGAGCUUGGUGAAGAAACACUACCGACUGCAGUUCUAUAUGUUCGCAUGGACUCACGUCACUUUACUGAUAACCGUCACUCAGUCACAUCUUGUCAUCCAAAAUCUGUUUGAAGGCAUGAUAUGGUUCCUUGUUCCCAUAUCAAGCGUCAUCUGCAAUGACAUCACGGCUUACCUUUUUGGAUUUUUUUUUGGAAGAACUCCUUUAAUUAAGCUGUCUCCUAAGAAGACCUGGGAAGGAUUCAUUGGCGGUUUCUUCUCCACAGUCAUAUUUGGAUUCAUUGCUGCCUAUGUGUUGUCCAAGUACCAGUACUUUGUGUGCCCGGUGGAAUACAGAAGUGAUGUCAACUCCUUUGUGACAGAAUGUGAGCCCUCAGAACUGUUCCAGCUUCAGAAUUAUUCCCUCCCUCCAUUCCUACAGACAGUGCUGAGCCGGGAAACCGUGAGUUUGUACCCCUUCCAGAUACACAGCAUUGCCCUUUCGACAUUUGCAUCACUGAUUGGCCCAUUUGGAGGUUUCUUCGCCAGUGGAUUCAAAAGAGCUUUCAAAAUCAAGGAUUUUGCAAACACUAUUCCUGGACAUGGUGGGAUAAUGGACAGAUUUGAUUGUCAGUAUUUGAUGGCAACAUUCGUGCAUGUGUACAUCACCAGCUUUAUCAGGGGUCCGAAUCCCAGCAAAGUGCUCCAGCAGCUGUUAGUGCUUCAGCCUGAACAGCAGUUAAAUAUCUACAGAACCCUGAAGAUCCAUCUCACCGAGAAAGGCAUCCUGCAGCCCACCUUGAAGGUGUAGCGGCCCUGCGAAGCCAGACUGCUGAGGAGGAGCUCUCAGAACUGCUCUGACUGAAGUCGUGCACUCAGCCAUCCUGGGCUAAAAACUUGGUAGAUGUGGGUUUUGCAGAUAUGAAUGUUUCUUUCUCUGAAAUUACUGUGAAUAUUUAACAGACACAUGAUGUAAAAUGAGUAUGCUGCAGUCACCCACCCGGGAAAGAUCCUGUACUUUUCUAAGAUGUAUUUUCCAAUGUUAAGUUCUCUGCCCUCACUGGCCAGGUUCCAUGAUUUAGGAAACUUGCGUUUUUAGAGUCAAACACUAUCAUCACCUGAGGCCCUCUUAGGGUUGUGCCUGGCAGUGUGAUCUCUUGCACAAACAUUGACCUUUGCACUGGGAAUGGCCCCUUUGCAGCUGGAUGCUCUGUAGGCACUGUGGGAAGCGAGGUCUCGGGCUUCCUUCUCUGAUGAUCUCAAGCGUUUCUGAGGGGGAGUUAGAUUAAAAAAGAAAGAAAAAGAGCGAUUGUCCACUUUUUUCUCUUUUCUUUUUGUUUGUUUAUUUAUGGUACUGGGGCUAGAACCCAGGGUCUGGUACACACCAGGCAGGUGCCCCCUCCUGGUCUCUGCUCCAGCUGGAGAAGUCAUCAUCUGCCGAGUGCAAACAGUAGUUUCAAAACUCAGAAGCUAGAGGCUGAAACUUACACCAUUAUUGAUUUGUUUAAAAAGAAGUUAUCAGAAUCCAUUUCUGAUGAAACUUUUCGAGAAGCACCUAACCAACUUCCCAAGAGCUUCAGAGUGGGUCCUGCAUGAGGAGCCCAGCAUGAGGCCCCUCUACCAAAAACACGUCCCCAGGGAUGGUAGUCGGUGAGUUGGGGCAGCAGCUGAGCAGCAGCCUCGGGUGAGGCAGUGCAUGGCAGCCCCGGGCCUGCCUCUCUGUACACCACACCUGAGAAGAGGACAGUUUCCCCUAAAGACCCAGCUCUGGGCCCGUCACAUUGCACUUCCUGUCAUGUCAUAAAACCCAAGAAUAAAAAUCAAGCAGCGACAAUAGCGAUGAAGCAGAAAAGCACACGAAUGCCAUGCCUUGUACAGGCGGGACAGGACACUGAGCAGGCCAGCGGAGCUCCUGCGGCUGCGGCUGCGGCUGCGGAUGCGGCUGCAGUGGCUGCUGCUGUGUGCUCUGCAGCCAUACGGAACCAAAAGUCACGGUCACCUGCAGAGAUGACCUAGUUUUCCAACUUCAGUGCCCGGAGACGGAGACACUGUAAAGGAUAAUUUGGUAAUUAAAAGAGUAAAUAUUUUUGCUUAAAUUAGAAAUGAAUUUUAGUUAUGACACAUUUCCUUCCCAUUGUAGAUGUACCUGGGUUCUGAGAACGAGCUCACAGGCAUCACAAGGUCUAUGCGUGUAUGUGUGAGCAGGACAGAUGCUGUGGUCCUCAGUCCCAAGAACCCGAUCGUUGGCCCCCAGGUGACCCCAGGCUACACUCAGCCCACGUCCUCUGCAUACAACCCAGUGGGGGCCUGGGAAGCCCUGCCAGAUCAAGUUACCCCCUCUCAAUCGGGCCACGUGGGAGCCAAUGUCAGUGUCCUCUGCUUCUGUCUGUCCCACACCCUGCCCCAGACAUUGACCAUAAAUGAGUUGCAGGAACCAAAGAAACAGAGGUAAACCUUGUGAUAGGACCAUGUCCCGAGAACGGGGCAGUGUGCAAAGAUGCUUGAGGACAAGGUGGCUUCUCCUUAACUCCCACGUUGUCAUGGUGAGGGGUUGCGAGGUGUAAUUAUGAGAGCAUUACUUAAUACAGGUAUUAAAAGUCAAUAUUGUCUAAACAAAGGAUGAAACCAGGACUAUUUGGGGUUACAGUAAAAGCUUUCUCAAGUCGAUUUUUUAGAGCUGGGUGUACAUUAUGCCACAUAAAAACAAGUGAGUGCUUUGACAGUGCUCUAGUGAUGAGCACUUCAGCAUACUUUAUAGCAUGUAUUUUAGAGUGGACUAUGCUUUAGCAAACAAUCAUCGUGAGAGCCAGACGCUGAUCAGCAUUACAUUUGCACUGGAAGAGGCUUCAUCCAAUGGAGCAAUGUGGUGGAUGAAUGACAACCAGGAAGGCCCUCCACAGCGGUGACUGUCGAUGGAAAAUCGCCAUUGGAACUGCCACUUGACUUGUUAGCCAUGGGAUAGUGAUGUCUGAGCGGGGCAUUCACCUGCGUUUUCCUUGUGGUUUCUCACAGACAGUUGCUGUCUGAGAUUAAAGACUGUAACCCCCCCCCCCCUUGUCCCUGUCUUCGUUUGCACUUUGAACAGAGGUCAUGGCAACACCUGGUUUGAUGAAUGGUCGUGACGAUGUGUAUAUACUGUACAGGGUGAGAGUUUAUGAUAUGUGUCAAUCAGUUCUCUGAAUCUUUUUACUGAAACUGGGAUAGAAAAAUAAAAAUUCAAUGGUA